AUGGUGGACUUUUUCCUCAACCGAGUUCUGGUGGAGAACAACUGGGACCAGGAUGAGCUCAACACUGAGCGAGAAAUUGUUGGAAUUCUGGAAAACCGCAUCCUCAUGCUACUUUUUGCAAACGCAGAGUGCGACAAGUGCAGGGAGUUUGUGCCUGUUCUCAAUGACUUUUUUAAGCGAUUGAAAGAUCCAGCCUACAUUGAGUAUCCCAGACUGCUGGCGCUCAUUUACAUCAGCUUGGACCAUUCAGAGGAGCAGCAGGGAAGAUUUCUCAAAGAGAUGCACAGAAAGGUUCUGUUUUUGACCUUUGAGGACCCAUACAGGAAGGAACUUCAGGCCAGGUUCAAGGUGAAAGAUGUCCCCACCGUGGUGGUCCUUCGUCCAGAUGGCUCUGUCCUGUCUCCGAACGCUGUGCAGGACAUCUAUCGUUUGGGUUCCAAGUGUUUCCGCAACUGGCAGGAAUCGUCAGACCUGAUUGAGAGAAGCUUCAUGCUUAAUGAGGAGUUCGAUAACUUGAAUAUGCGAAGCGCCACAGACCCUGUGAGGAGGCUCAAAUACAAGACAGAGGAUGACAAGAGGAAAAAAAGAUGGUGGAGCUUGUGGGGAACAGGGAAAACUGACAAUGAAGAAAGUGAUAGUUUGGGAUACAAAGGGAGAGGAGGACUGUAA